AUGGAUAUGGAUCAAAAGCCGUUUGCUUCUGAUUACUCGAAUAGCUACGGAUAUUAUCAAAACCAAACCUCGGCUGCAGUGCCAGAUUUCGCAGCUGCUCGUAAUGGAGUUGGCUCAUACUUUUGUCCGACUUUUCCAACUUCUGCGGCGAGUUCCAUGUACACUCAGCCACAAUCGCAUUUCAUUUACCCUCAUCCCACAACUAAUUCUCCUGAAGAACACAUUACGACCAAAAUUCAAGAAGGUUCAGAAGUUAAAAUAAACAAAAACGGGAAAAAAGUGCGUAAACCUCGUACUAUUUAUUCCAGUCAACAGUUAGCGAUGCUUCAAAAGAGGUUUAUUAAAACUCAGUAUCUUGCUCUCCCUGACAGAGCAUCAUUGGCUGCAGAACUUGGAUUGACACAAACACAAGUGAAAAUUUGGUUUCAAAACCGACGAUCGAAACAAAAGAAACAGAAAAACUGUCCCGAUCGAGGAUCGGACGACGAGGGAGAAACUGAAGAAUCCCAUGAUGCUCAAUCCCCCGAUUGCGAAUCGGAUGCUCCAUCUAGUGGUACAGUAGCAAGUUCUGGCGCACCUACAGCAAGCACACCCAUUUUAUCAAUCGGGUCUAAUAAUACGACAUCCACACCAUCAAAUGGUGUAACUUCGAAUGAUUGGGCUCAAUCUAUAGUUUUAACCAAUCAACAGCCCUCAGCUAUGUUGCCCACACCUACUUCUGCAAUACUACCUCCAAUGGCAACUACUGCUGUAGCUAGCAAUGGAAUUUCCAGCACAAACUUAUUAACAACUCCUCUUAGUACGUACGAUGCUUUAAAGUAUCCCGAUGGACAAGAUGUGAAACCAUUUUAUGAUCCUAUGCAAAGUUAUUAUGCACCUUACGGCUUACCACAUAGUUAUACUGGAUAUUGA